AUGAGAAGCGCCUUUUCCGCAUGGAGCUCUACUGACGAUGAUGAUGAGGAGGAUGAAGAGGUCCAGUCGCUACCAGAAAUUGACGAGUACACUAUGGAUGCCAUAUCCAAGAUGGGCACGUACACGCCUUCUGUUCUUGGCUACUACGAGGCAAACAACAACGCCUCCUUCUUGUUCUCGUCAUCGCCUUUGGAGCGUGACGAUGGCCCAGACACAGCGCGAGGUCAGAACUUCGCUGUUCAGCCUGCGCCCACGAGUUCCGCCUCAGAGUCUUACGAUGAGAACGACUAUCCUUCGUCAUCUUUCUCACGGCCACUGCUCAGCUCAUCGUCUGCGCCAUCGUACCCUUCGUCAGCAGCGUCGGCGUCUUCGUACUUCAACUGCAAACGCCCUUUCGCCGAUGGCCCUAUCACCACGGAUCGCAUCAUAGCCGCACUCACACCUCCCCGUCCGUACGGGAAGACGAUUUCAGCAGUCUCGCCCUGGGAAGGUGGUGCUAUCGCUAAUGUCCACGACGUCUUCAUUGAGUCCCAACACCGAGUGCACGUUGAUGGCAUGUCAUUUGACAUGCUAAGAAGCUUCACCGCACCAGGCUCGGUUACUACACCUUGCUGA